UGUUCACGCUUUCACCAGCCACAAUGCAGGGCAGGUAGCCGAGCCCAGAGCACCUCUUUUCCACCGGCACCCCGAGAUGUGCGGGUGGGACGGGCCACAGCCGCUUCCGCGACAGCGCCAAUGCCCAACGCGGCCUCUGCGCUUCCCGUCCCGUCCCGGCGCGCCCCGCCCGCUCUGGCCCGGCCCAUGCGGAUGUGAGCUCACGGCGCGCCGGGCGGAAGCAGCGGGGCGGGUGUUUCCGCGGCGGCGGCGAUGGCGGGGAAGGCGGCGGCGGCGGGCGAGCCCCUCGGGCGGACGGCGGAAGAGGCGGCCUGGGCGGAGACGCUGCGCGGGGCCUGCGAGCCUGAGCACCACUGGCGGUACCGCCGGGAGUUCCUGCUGCGCAACGUGGGGGAGCUGCCGGCGGCGGGCAGCGCCCAGCUGCAGCGCCUGGUGUCCCUCUCCAUGGUGUGGGCCAACCACGUCUUCCUGGGAUGCCGGUACCCGCCGCAGGUCAUGGAGAGGGCGCUGGAAAUGGCCGAAGGCAUCCAAGUGACCAACGCGCCUGUCCGCACCACGAGAGACGAACUGGUUGCCAAGGUGAAGAAAAGAGGCAUAUCAAGUAGCAAUGAAGGGGUAGAGGAGCCCUGCAAGAGACAAGCUGUUGAGAAAAGCAGAGACUCUAAGGAUGUUGGAAAGGAUGUGAAAACAACCAAGGCAGAAGGAGCAAAGGAAACAGAGAGCACCUUGCCCAAAAAGCAGGAAAAAGGUACUAGCAAAGAUCCAGAAACUUCCCAGUCAACUUCCAGUUCAGAUCAAGAAAUGGUCACAGUCUCAGACAUAGAAACAGAAGGAAAACCUGCUAAUGCUGAAAGUACUGCUGAGCAAAAGCCACCUUCAUCUGGAAAAGAGCCAGGAAAGAAGCCGUGUUCAAGCCCACCCAAGGAUAGCAAGUGUGAAAAUGUGUCAUCACCUGAAAAGAAAACUACAGUAAGUGUAGCAACAGUGGCUGCCGAGAGCACCCCACAGGCAGCAGUGGUGGUGGCAGCACAGCCACCAGCUGCCAAGAGCACCCCACAUGCAGCAGCGGUGGCAGCAGCGGUGCCAUCAACCUCCAAGAGCACCCCACAGGCAGCAGGAGCGGCAGCAGCAGUACCAGUGACUGCCAAGAGCACCCCACAGGCAGCAGCAGCAGCAGUGCCACCAACCUCCAAGAGCACCCCACAGGCACCAGCAGCAGCAGUGCCACCAACCUCCAAGAGCACCCCACAGGCAGCAGCGGCGGCAGCAGCAGUGCCACCAACCACCAGGAGCACCCCCCAAACAAGUGCUGCAUUGCUGUCUUCCAAAACCCAGGUGGGUGCCCCAGCAUCAGUGUCCAAGAACGGUGCUCAGGUGAGCAGCUCACUGCUUCUGGCCCCCAAGAGUGGUACUCAGGUGGGCACCUCACUGCUGCUGGCUUCCAAAGGCCCGGCUAAGGUGGGCUCCCCGCUCCUGGCCUCUAAGAGCAGUGCAGAGGUAGCUGCCUCGUUGCUGGCUGCUCGGAGUGGUGCGCAGCCAGGAUCCUCACUGCUCGCUUCCAAGAGCAGUGCUCAGGUGGCGGCUUCGCUGCUGGCCGCUCGGAGCGGAGCUCAGCAAGGGCCCUCCCGAGGUGGAGCUCAGGCAGGUGCUUCCCAGCUGGCCUCCAAGAGUGGCUCGCAGGCAGGUGAAAGCCCUGCGAAGGCUUUGUGCAAACCGCUGACCAGUGAAGAUGCAAAGGAAAGACAACCAUUUUUCAACAGACUCUACAAAGCUGUAGCCUGGAAACUGGUUGCUGUUGGAGGCUUCAGUCCUAAUGUAAAUCAUGCAGAACUUCUAAAUUCAUCUAUUCAGUCUGUAAAAGCUACAUUAGAUGUUGCUUUUGUUCCCCUGAAGGAACUUGCAGACUUGCCUCAAAAUAAAAGCUCUCUAGAAAAUAUAGUUUGUGAACUGAGGUGCAAGUCUGUCUACUUGGGUACUGGCUGUGGUAAAAGUAUGGAAAAUGCCAAAGCAGUGGCUUCAAGAGAAGCUUUGAAAUUAUUCCUCAAGAAGAAAGUUAUUGUGAAGAUAUGUAAAAGAAAAUACAAAGGUAGUGAAAUUGAAGAUUUGGUGCUUCUGGAUGAAGAGUCAAAACCUUCAAAUUUGCCUCCAGCUUUAAGAAAUCCUCGUGAAAUCUUGUAGGGGAGAAUCUCUGUUUGUACUGUGUAUAAUAUUUCAAUACAAGGACUGAAGGUUAAUUUUGUACUUUGAAAAUGUAGGCUUCCAGAUAUUUUGUAUUUCUUUCUCAGUUUUGCAAGACAAUGAUAGUUCUUUCACUUGGUAGCAAUUGUAUAAAACUUGUUAGAGAUGACAAGUGCGCAUUUAAAGGUAUUGCCUUAAUAUACAGCACACUAGUGUGCUGUUGUAUUUGCAAAAUAGUCUACCUAACUCUUCUAUUUUUAAUUAAACUAUUAAGGUACAAUUUGCUGUUUAAAACCUGACGUUUUUGUAAUUCUUACAAUUUGAUGGUAGUGUGCUCAAUUGUCUACCAUAUCUUUUCUAGGCUUGUAGAAGUGUGUACAUAGGGACCAUAACACUUGAAUAAUUGAAAGUUGUUUAAAAAAUUCAAUCAAGAAGUUGAAUUAUAUGUUUCAGGCUUGUUGCUCAUAAUGUUCACUGUUGCUCAUACUAGGAGAGAAAGUAGUUGGUUGACUAUUUUUAUGGGAUGUUCUCAUAACAUUUGCAAUAUAAGUGACAUCCUGAUUCCAUUUAACAUUAUGCUAUCAGGUUAGAGCCCAUUUAAUAUCACAUUGGCAAAUUAGCAAUUAGCAGUCAAGUCACAGCUAUUUUGGCCACCAAAACUGUAAGCAGAUUUAAUUUAUAUGGUGAAGUAUCAUUUACAGUUUUGUUUGGUACUUUUUUUUCCAAAUGAACAUGGAUUUCUAUACUAAGUAUAUUUUGACUGCUACUAAAAGAAUAAAACCUCUGUGAUAAGCGUCUAUACUAUUUUGGUUUUGGCUACUAAAUAUUCCAGCCAUUUCAAUAGCAUUGCAACACUUUCAGUAAAGCUUUACAUUGAGUGGCUUCAAGGUGUAAUCCCACAAGAAUGAGUUGGUUUCUUUAGAUGUGUAGCUGAAAUACUGUAAAACUGAUAGAGGGGACCUGUAGAAUAUGAAUUUCAACUUUUGUAACACCAAAAAAUGAAAAUGCUGCUGUCUGCUGGAGACAGCAAGUGUAUUGUAAAGCAUUCAUUCUAAUCAAGCCCUUCCUUUGCUACAUUUUUACUCCCUGUACAGAAUAGUUUGAGGCAAGGAAAGUGGGAGAUUACCUUAUAUUUUCAAUGUUGCUGAAAUACCUGCACAAACUGCAUGUUUUGGUAUAUUGGAUAAUGACAUGUAAUUGUAAAAACAUAAUGUCUUCAGUGCUAUUUUGAAUUAAUCUUGUCCUGUUACAGUAGUUAGCAUCAUUUAGUGGUGUCCUUACACUUGACUGACACAUCCAUUGAUCAAGUGCUAAAGGAAUGAAUAGGAAUUUCUGGGAUCUCAGUAGUGCACACGUCCACUUUCAGUUAUUUUGUAAGUUUUAGGACUAAACCACAGUGGUGGUUACAGUGUACCCUGCGUGCUUUUGAACAGCAGUGUCUGUCCAGUCCAUAGCACCAGAACCCUGCAAGGCGCUCGCACUUCCUGAUGGCUGGUUGAGAACUUCCUCCGCCUGACCCCUGUGCUUCUGUGCCCUCGGUCGCCCUUCGGCCUAGUUAGAUUUCUCAGGAGUUCCCCCUUGGCAUUCCUGGAGCACCACCUGGCGUUCGGAAUGCAGUGUGCUAAAUUGCGUCUUAGUGCAAGAGUUGGUGUCUGCUUCUAGCACCGGGCAAGCUUUGUGCUGUGCUUAGGAGCUGUGGUAUUCAUGAUGGGAAAGGUGAGAUCUGUUUUCAAGUCCUUGCCCUGCUCAGGUAGACACAUGUAAGGACUGUGCUUGUGAGGCAGGAGUUGCAUCCUCUGUAGUACAGCUUUCUCUGCUGUUAGUCUGGUCAUCUCCAGAUCUCUGGUUCAGAAUUGCAGCACGUGUUGUAAUGUGAAAACCUGUGUUUCUUGUCUGUAAAGCAAAGCUCUCAGUAUUCACUGACCUCAAGGGGCUGUUAGGGCAACUGUAUUAAAAGGCUGAGGUGCUAGAUGCCUUUUUUAAAAGACCUGACUUAGAAUUACUUUUCUAAAAAUUUUGAAUGUUAUUCCUCUUUGAUGUUUGGUUGUGAAUCAUUAAAGAACAAGUCUGUAGCUACUCUUAACAGAAACUGAAAGCUGAAGCGUGUUAUUUUUAUUUCACAUCCUGCAUGGAAAGCAGCUAAACACACGGAUUCACAUACAAGUGAAUAAAGCACUAUUUGAGUAUU